GUUUGGAGGUCGUACCUUUACCCGCACUUACGAAGUUGUGAGUUACUAUGAAUGCUCCUGCUUCGUUCGAACCAUUCCUGCUUGCCGAUGGUGAGAAGAAGAUCUCCUUCGAAAAGGAUACUCAGGUUCCAAAUGCUGCCAUUUUUACCCUAAAUCGAGAGGAUCACACUGUUGGAAAUAUGAUAACAUGCCAGUUACUAAAAGAUCCAAGAGUAUUAUUUGCAGGAUACAAAGCUCCUCAUCCAUUAGAGCACAAAAUCGUCAUUCGAGUACAUACAGCUCAUCCGGCGACACCUGUAGAUGUUUUCGUUUCUGCUCUGAAAGAUCUUAUAAGUGAGAUCUCGAAUAUAGAAGAGCAGUUCAGACUGUAAAAACUGACAUUGUUUAAUGAAACUAGAGAAUAAGCCUGGUUUUGGGAUCUAACAUUUUUUGGUUUAGAAGACCGAAAAUCAACUUUACAGAGGUAGAAUAAGUGGUGUAGUGUUAGAUAAUUCUGGUCUAGUUACAAAGUUUAUAUUCUUAUAUAUGUUGUAACCGUAAAGACUGCUGAAUAAUUGUUCAAUAACAGCGAUCAAUGAUUGGACACUGGGUGACAUGGUUCAAUCGUUCAUUAUGAUGCAGAUAUAUUCACUCUCUAUUUUUCUAUCGAUAGUGAACUCCAGUAUUCCUUCAUACAUACUUCUUUGUACUCUGUUUUCUAGAACUCUAUCCUCAAUGCUUAGUUUUCCUCAUUAUAAUUUCUACUACAUUAUUUCAAUCUCUCUUGUUAUAUAUCUUGUUAAUUUCAUCUCGUCUUACUAACACAGUAUGGUAAAUUGGCUUGUAGAUCACCAACGUAGAUUAACUAUGUCGAAAAUGAUCGGAGGCCUACUCGAGCUAGACAUGAAUUGUGUGAAAAACUGGCUAAAGUCGAAGUCACACCUCGUGGUCAGCACCUUACGUGGACUACCCCAUUGACGUAUCAAGGUACCAUAGAUGCUCUGAAGACUGUACAACACAGGGGACGUUAUUACAGAAAUAUAUUAGUUAAAGUAGAUACAAGCGAAAGUAAGACCACUGUCCCAUGGGCCAGUCCAUGGCAUACGAUUAACUGAUUCGUGUUGGUU